ACAGUACGUUUUAUAAGUGUCGCUGAUUUUACUUCGCUUCGUAUUUUUAAUAUUCGGUUGAGAGUUUAGGACAGAGAUUUACUGACACUAUAUAAUUUAGGAUGGAUAACUUCAAAUAUGUGACACUAUCAUGCAUUGUUUGUUUGAUUUACCUGAUUUGUACCACUAAAGCUCUGAAUGCUGAUGGGACCUGCAAUAGUGAUAGCGAUUGUCCGUUCUCUUUUUACCACUGCUGUACCGGAACUAUCUGGUGCUGUCCUUCCGGUUACAUUUGUACCGGAUCCGCAACUUGUAUUAGCAUCGGAGUGAUCGUGGGUCCAAUCGUUGGUCUAGUCGUCCUCGUCGUGUGUGUUGUCGUCUGCGUCGUCUGUUACAAAAAGAAACAAAAUACUCCUGGCGUCGUGUUUAACCCAAACACACAGGUUCAUCCUUCGCACGGACAACAAUCACAGCCGUUCGGACAACAAGCACCGCGGUACGGACAACAACCACCGCCGCAGGGACAGCAACAGCCACAACCAUAUCCCUCCCAACCACCAAAAGCGUGAAAACGAGGAUUUUAAUGCACAGAUUUCAAGGAAUUCUUCAAUUUAACAUAUUUUCAAGAAACUCGUUUAUAAUGAAAGUUAUUAGUGAUAUGAUGUGCUUUGUUUUGUUAAAAAAUGCUCAAAUUUAUUUAAGGCAACGAACAAAAAAAUGUUUUAAGUCAACAUAAAGAUAAGUGGUUUUGUGUGAUCAUCACUGAACAUCAUCUCUUUUUGUUGAUGUGUCUGUUUCUCUAGCAAACACGAGCUAAGAAAUUAUUUUUAUUGCAGUGCAAUAUCACAGUUUGACACCUGAUUAACAUUUUGAAUUUUGACACGUCAAUAUUCUAAAAUCUUUGAAUUAAAUUCAGUUCAAUUCCAGAUUAUAAACAAAAAUGCAACAUUUAGGUGUAUAGUGAUGGAUGUGAUAUGAUUUUAAAGUUAUGUCAUCAAGGGUUUACACUAGAAUUGUGUGAAGGGUAUAUUGAAUAAUAUGUACACGUGGUUUUUUUUAAUAUACUUAUCUUGUUUUCAAUAUGACCACAUAAUCUGUUAUUUUUUUCAAUGGUUUUUUCUUGUGAUCAUAAAUUUCUUCGUUGAUAUUUAAAAAAGCAAUAAAGAAUAGUGUAUCAUG